AAGUACUGAAUGUUAAUUAUGUUCAAUGGAGAGAGAGAAGCAAGAAGCGCAUGCAGCAAAAACGCACACCAUGCAUAUGCAUGAUGUAACAACUCACACUCAAAUAAUGCACUUCCACUAUUUAUACUACCCACACAAUCAUGACAAAAACGCUGAAAACAAGAUAGCAUAACCCAAGUACCCAACAGCACUACUCUCCUUCUUCAUCAGAUAGCCAUCUGCACUUUGUUGGCUGUGCUUCUGUACAUUGCUGUCGCUCCUCCGGCUGCCCUUGCUCAAGACACUACCAUUUUUGCCCCAAUCAUUACUGACUGUAGCUCGCCUCUUAGCACUCAUGCCAUGCUUGACAUUCGUCCAGGGGACUGCCAAGAGGCCAGAAGAGACAUGCUGCAACAACCUUAACUAGCACUACAACCUUCAGCCUGUAUGCCUCUGCCACCUGCUCAACAACACCACCUUGAGCACAAUUCUGAUAAACACCACGCUCGCUUUGCAGCUGUUUGCUUUUUGCAAACUGCAUCACAAAAUCUCUUCGUGCUUAGGUCUUCCCCCAUAGCAUCCUCUGUUGUUCCAGUGGCACCAACUCCCCCCGACGUUUUCUGCACUCCAUGUAACAGAAACCCCGUUGGAAAGCCGAAGGCGACAGGCCAUUUCACAACUGUAGCAGUUGUAACAAUUCUGUUCUGGAAAUUGUUCUAUUGAGUCUGGUUAUAGCUACAUUAUGCCUGAUACUAAGUUUGUGAGAAAAUUGGGCUAGAGGCUGUAAUUGUGUAAUCCUAAGGUAAUUUCUCAUUGAUUGAAUUAGAAUGAUGUAUUUACUACACAUAUAUUACUUAGGAAUGUAAAUGGAAGUUUCUUCUAUCGAACAAUAUAACUAGCUGCUUUUCUACAAUAAUUUCCCAAUGUUUUCUAUGAUCCUAUAUCAAGUAUCAAGCAUAUCUAUAAAUAUAAUUUCAAGUU